AUGUCUAUCUCUAAAGAUCCUUGGGGUCCGCCGAGCGGAUGGGCAGUACGCAGAAAUGGUUCCUGCCUUCCAGACGAAUGCUCUACCAAUGCAUCGCACGGUAUCUUCCGAUGCUGCCCCAGCGGCUCAAUUUGUACCAACGCCUACACAGGUGCGUGUUGUCCGGAUAAGGGAGAUUGUAGGGACACAAUCAAAAAUCCAGCACACUGCGCCAACGAAACCUGGGAUCUUUACAAGAACAAGGAUGGUGGACUUUUUUGUUGUGAGCAGGGAGAAUCAGGGUUUAGAAUGAGUUCCGGGGUUGGGUGUGCGGUACCAGGGGAUCCCACAAUUGGCGGUACGGCAUGGCUCCCGAUACUUUCACCUGGUAAGAUUCAACUCCUGCAUACUCGAGAUAAGCUCAAAGCUGAUAUGAGCAGGCGUGAAUACAACAUCCAGCAGCUCCUCAAUACCGAGCACCUCCCCAACAUCGAGCACAGCAUCGAGCACAGCAUCGGACAGCUCCUCGCCAUCAACCGGCUACGUGACAUCGAGCAGCUCCCCGACGUCGAUUCACAUACUGGCGCCAUCGCAGGUGGCGUGGUUGGUGGCGUUGCUGGCUUAGCAAUCAUUUUCGCCUUGUUUUGGUUUUUCAUGCGUCGUCGCUCAAAGAAGCAACUACAACAAAAUCCGGCACCCGUCACCGAAGCAUCGAUGGCACAAUAUCAUUCUGUUCCGCCCUCAGAUAUUCGGAGCGAGCUAGGCAGCCCUUCAACCAGGCCAAGCGAGUUGGAAGGUCAAGCUUCUGUGUCAGAGCUACCUGGCCACAAAGAUGAGACUCCUACUGUCCACGAGUUGCCGGAAAACCCAAGGACUUAA